CAGCAAUAAUAAAAGAUGCCGGCAUCAACCGCGUGGGCCGCGCGUCUCGCCGAGGGAGGGGAAGAGGGAACGGAGUCUAUCGUGCGGUGCGGUUCUCCGCUCGCCACGACGACGACGAGCCCCAUGCCUCCUCCGCCCCAUCGCGGCGGCGGCGGCGGCCGCGACACGAGCGCGUUCUUCGCGGCGACGCUGGUGCUGUGGGCGGUGUCGGUGGGGUUCGAGAUCGGCGCGCGCGGGCGGCGGGAGCUGGCGCCCGUGGCCGCAGGGUUUGCCUUCUUCCAGGCCGCCAGCGCCGCCGUGCGCGCCGCCGUCUCCCGCGACCCGCUCUUCGUCAACACCGCCGUUUCGCUCCUGCACUCCUCGCUCACGUCGGCCUCCGUUAUCUUUGUUCUUGUCAACCGAUGGCAUAAUAAGGACCUCAAGAACAUGUUUGAGCAUGAAGAAUUGUUUGGUGGCAGUUGGGUUGGAGCAUAUUCUGCUCUGUGCUUUUCUUGUGGCUAUUUUGCUUAUGAUCAAUUAGAUAUGCUUCGUUACCGACUGUACAGUGGACGGAUUCCUGGAAUUCUCAUGCACCACCUGAUUCUGCUCAUUUGCUUUACACUAGCUCUGUAUCGGAAUGUGACGAUCAACUACCUAAUUCUAACUCUUGUAUGCGAGCUGCACUCCGUAUUUUUGCACAUAAGGAAAUUGAGGCGAAUGGCUGGAUUUCGGGAUUACAACAGAAAAAUUGUGAAACUGGAAUGGGUCCUCAACUGGACUACAUUUGUAUCAGCAAGGGUGGCAUGCCACAUACUGAUUACAUACAAACUGAUCAUUGAUGCCCACAAGUUUGAUAGUGGAAUUGAGCUUCCACUAGCUCUUUUUGGCAUGGCAGGAAUGAAUCUGCUCAACAUAUUUUUAGGACUUGAUCUAUUAAAAGCUUACACGCUCGAGAGAAAUCAGCAGACACAUCAGGACUGAGUGUGCCUCUACUGAUGUGGUACUCCAAAAGUUUUGGCAAGUUGUAGUCAAACAACAAUUAAUAUAGAUCAGCAGACAGAGGUAUGUCAAUGUGUUAUUGGCCUCUACGUUCGGUAGAAACUAGUAAUGAUGUACUAUAUUAUGUGUUCUGAACUCAUUAUAAGAUCUCUACCAGCAAAUGAUUCUUUGCUAUUGUGCUACUAUUUGUAUAUUGCGUUUCAUUUAUCAUCAUAUGCAGACAACCUGGAUACAA